UUUUAUGUGGAUCGAGGAAAGUGGCCUUUAGUCUCGGACCUCGACCUUCCACAUGGGUGUUUCACCCGUACCAGUGGAAGAAGAUAACUGAGGAAGAAAGAAGAUGGAAUCGAGGACUGCGAUGCUUUCGUCGCUUCAGAAUACUGCUUGGGAAUGCGAUGACUCUCGGGCCGGUCCCGAUGCUGCUGCUUUUCUAAAGAGACGGAGGACUACUCCGGAAUCACCCGUUUCGUCCUUGCCAUCAAGUUCUGACUUCGCUGGAAACAACUAUGAAGUGUUCUUAAGUUUUAGAGGACCCAAUACUCGCUAUGGUUUUACAGAUUUCCUCUACCAAAGAUUGACAGAUGCUGGGAUACAUGUCUUUCGAGAUGAAGAGGAAUUGCCUGUCGGAGAACCGAUCAAGCCCGCACUGAUUGAAGCGAUCAAACAGUCGAAGGUUUUGAUUCCCAUCAUCUCGGCGGAUUAUGCUUCCAGCAGAAGCUGCCUCAUGGAGUUGGUCCAAAUAUUAGAGUGCAAGCGAAAAAUGAGUCGAGAAACCAUUCCCAUUUUCUAUGAGAUUGAGCUCUCGGACUUAAAAGACCAGAGGAAUUCUUUUGAGAAGAGCUUUCUCGAACACGAGAUGAAGGGGGUCGAUAGUAAGAUCAUCCAGGAGUGGAAGCUGGCUCUCAAAGAGAUUGGAAGGUUAAAUGGAUUCGUAACAGACGGAUAUCAUUCCAAGCUCAUAGAUGAACUCAUCCCAAUUGUUCUGCGAAAGCUGAAGAAGCAUCGACUAACUGUGACAAAUUGUUUAGUCGGAGUUGACCAUCACGUGCAAGAGAUCAUGAGAAAGCUUGGCAUUGUGCAUCGCGAUGGACAAGUAAUUGAAAUUUGUGGCAGCGAUGUUCGAGUCCUUGGAAUAUAUGGUAUUGGGGGGGUUGGCAAGACUACUCUUGCAAAAGUUGUUUACAAUCAACUCUAUAAUCACUUUCAAGGUUAUAGUUGUCUUGAUCAAAUUCCAAAAUUAGAUCAACAUGAUAGGAUCUUAUCCUUGCAAAAUAAAUUAAUCUCAGAUCUCCGUGAAAGAAGUGCAGACUUCGGAUGUUCUGAUGAGGCUAUGGCAUAUCUUGCUGAUGGAUUUCGCAAUAGGCAGGUCCUCAUUCUCCUUGACAACGUGGAAGAUGUCAACCAACUCAAUGUGUUUGUUGGGGAGCUCAGUUGGUUUGGUCCGAGAAGCAGGAUUAUUGUGACUUCUAGAAACAGCGACAUCCUUUCGAGCCUCGAAGAGGCUGAAACCUAUGAGGUUGGACCAAUGAAAGAAGAAAAAGCUCUCCAGUUGUUUUCUAAGCGGGCUUUUAGAAGGGAUUUUCCUGACAAGGGCUUUGAAAACCUUUCCAUGAACAUCAUAAAGGCUCUUGGGCGACUUCCUUUGGCACUUGAUGUCAUAGGUUCGCGUUUGUUUAAGAAACCCAAGGGUACAUGGAGAGAAACCUUGAAUACAUUACAAGAAGCUCCACAUAAAGAAGUUGAACAUGUGUUAAAGAUCAGUUACGAUGCUUUAGAUGAAAAUGCAAAGAAUAUAUUUUUGGACAUAGCAUGUUUUCUGAUAGGAAAGGAUAAGAGAAUUGCCUUUUACAUGUGGGACGACUGUGAUCUUUAUCCUCACAUCGGGAUCGACUCUCUUUGUCUCCUGUCUUUGGUGAAAAUUGGAGAAAACAACGAGCUAUUGAUGCAUGAUCUACUGAGAACUCUGGGCAGAAGUAUUGUGAAAAAUGAAGAUCCAAUCCCUUGUAAUCGAAGUAGGUUGUGGAUGCACGAUCAAGCCCUAUCCGCCCUAUGGAGGAGGGAGGGUACUCCAAGAGUUCAAGCCCUAGGUCUUACCUUUGACAAAGGAUCCAAUGACUGUUUCACAUCUGAAGAAUUUAGCCCACUAUCAGAAUUAAGGUUCCUCAAUUUGGAUCGAGCUAAUAUGAGAGGAAAUUUUACUGGUCUUCUUUGCAAAUUAAGGUGGCUUCAUUGGCGAGGGUACCAUAAGAGCUCUGAACCUCUUAUUUUGUGCCCAGAGAACUUGGUCAUUCUUGAUCUGUCAUUGAGCACAGUGGCAGAUGACUGGGAAGGUUGGACUCAAAUAAUGGAGAAGGCAAACAAAUUGAAAGUUUUGGACCUAACUGGUUGCAGUCAAUUACGUAAAUCACCAUGCUUCCCAGCUGAUAGCAAAUUAGAAAGACUGAUUCUUGAAGGAUGUUCUAAUUUGCUAUUUAUUGACAAAACCAUUGGUAAUUUGAAAAUUUUGAAGUCUUUGAACAUCAAGUCCACUCCGAUUUUCAAGCUGCCGGAGGGGAUGGGCUCCUUGGAUAACUUGAAAGAGCUUUUGGUGGAUAAAACUUCCAUACGUCACCUUCGUUUCAUAAGAGGGUCUAUGCAGAAACUUAAAACUCUCAGUGCUUCCAGCUGCAAAAAUUUGGCUGAAAUAUCCAAGUCUAUUGGUUGUUUGAGGUCUCUGUCAUAUCUUGCACUGGAUAAGUCCAUUAUCCCAGGACUCCCAAAUUCUGUUACGUUGUUGGAGGGACUUGCUGAGCUUUCUUUAAGAGAUUUUCGACAGAUAACUGCACUUCCGGACUCCAUUGGGAUGCUUAAGUCACUACAGAAACUGGACCUGUCAAACACCAGAAUUAAGGUAUUGCCAGAAUCCAUAAAAAAUUUGGAUAGAUUGGAGGUGCUGAGAAUGAAUAAUACUCCCAUAAGUACAUUCCCUAAAGGUAUUGCAAAUCUAGGCAAGUUGCAACUCAUAACGUUUUCUGACUGCUGGAGUAUGAAUGGGGAAAUUCUGUGUGACAUUUCAGGGUUAUCAUCUUUGAGAAUCUUGGAGUUAUCGGGUACCCUGAUUAGUAGCCUACCCAAGAGCAUUUGUCUGCUUUCUCAUCUCCACACUCUCCACUUGCUAUGCUGUGACAAACUUCAGACUCUGCCAAAAUUACCAUCUAGUUUAGUGAGUUUGCGCUGGGGAACAAAAAACAUGAGGAUAGUUCAUAAUUUUUCAUAUUUGAUAGAUUUGAAAGUUCUGGAAUUUGUUAAUGAUCCCGAUGAGGACCUAUCUUCCUUUGAGUGGUCCCAAAUGGAAAGCUUUGGCUGGAUAUCAAGUUUAUCCAACUUAGAGACCCUAAACCUGUCCCUUCCAAAUGUUACUAGUCUACCAGAAGAUUUUAAAGAUCUUACUCAACUUAAAGAACUUGAUUUGUCCUGCAUAAACCUGCAAGAGCUCCCACAACUUCCCUCAAGCUUGUCUAAACUGGUUAUCAAGAAUUGCAGGAGCCAGAGGGUGGAUUUCUCUAAUCUAAAAACUCUGUCCGAAUUGGAGCUCUGUGACUGCCUUGCAUCGGAAAUUCUUGGUCUUGGGAACCUCCGGUUCCUGCAAGUGUUGAAGAUAUCUGGCUGCAAUAUUAAGAACCUUGAUGGUCUCGAAAAAGCAUCACUAUUGAGGUGGUUUUCCAUAUCUGAUUGCCAUUCUCUUAAUAGGUUGCCGGACCUAUCAAAGUGCACAAGUCUGGAAAUUGAGGAAAUAGAAUUUUGCAGCAUUCAGGAUCAACCCCGUGAGAGGCACUGUGAAAGUUGCUGCUCGAGGCGCUGUGAUUGUCUGUACCAAUAUUAACGUGGUGGUUGAUGCAUGUUGUGAUCUUAACAGCAAGCUCCAAGGAUGCUCUGCAUUACCAAUUGAAAGAGGUUGGAGUUUAUUUCUUUCUCCAAGGUAAGUACUGCACUUUUUCUCUGCAUCUACAAUUGGUAGACCUUAUUAUUCCGACAGGGUCUCCAAGAUUACUCCAGGAUUGGAUUGGGUAGGGAGUUCGGUUUUGAACUUCUUCAGGACGACAUGCGAGUUGAAGAUCAAGGGCACUGGUGAAGAUAAACUGAGAGGGAUCAACAGCAUCGCAUUAUGUGGGUGGGAUGGUUAGACAGAAAACGAAGGGCGAAGUGCCGUUUUGUCAACCUUGAAAAGCAAGCGCGCCGCACCUUGCGCCUUCCCUUGUGAUUUCUGCCUGUUCUUAUUCCAAACUUCUGUUAGAUUUUUCUUCUUCUUGAUGCUGUGUAACAAGGUCUCUUCAGUUGAUGGAAGUAAGGCCUAUCAUCCUGUUCAUCCAGGACUUAUAUGAAGUGUAGAUUUUGCUUUCUCCAUGUUGAAUAAUACUGCUGUACAUUAUAUUUUGCAUCUCUCGACCUGUAACCAGCCCUCUUGGUUAGUCCA